UUUAUAUUGUUUAUUAAAAUUAAAAAUCUUUUUUGUAGGAUAUCAGUAUGACAGAUGUAAAAUCAUUAUUAAAAGAAGCAAGGACUCAUAUUGAUGCAAAAAAGUUUAAAGAAGCGCAAGAAGUUUGUAAAGGUAUAUUGAAGAAAGACAAACAAAACUACUUGGCUUUGGUUUUGCUCGGAAAGUCAUUUCAGGAUUCAGAUCAAGCUCCAUUAGCAUACCAGAAGGCUAUAGCAACAAAGCCAGACCAAUUAUUAGCAUGGCAAGGACUUGCCAACUACUAUGAAUGUAAGGAAGGUAACAUAAAACACAAACUAUUCACUAUCUAUGAUGAAAUACUUAAACUACAAAUUGAUACGGACAAAGCAACAGAAAUACUUAACAAACUAUGUCAGCUUGGAUGCUCAUUAAAAUGUGAUGAAGCUUUUCAUGUUACUUUAAAUUUUAUUGAUAGAAAACCUGACGAUCUUCUUCAAAAGAUAGCUGAAAAGCACCUCAUCGAGCUAGUUAAUGCUGAAAUUCCUUGUAAAGAAAAUGAUAUACCAAGAGUUAUAAAAUGCCUGCAGGAAAUUGAUAAUCAUGAAGAUGCUAACAAUUUAUAUAUUUUACAAGCUAAAGUUAUUAUUAACAAUAGAGGCUUUGCUGAAGCUAUAACAGAAAUACUAGGGCAAGAUUUCUUCAAAACCAGUGUUACUUUUAGAGACUGGCUCUGUAAAUACUUGUGUGUCUAUUUUGUCAAGCAUGAUUCUUUCAGCGGAUUUAUUAUUGAAGAAAAUUUUAAUCAGAUCAUAUCUGGUAUUGAAAAUUCUAAAUACCCAGGCCUACUGAAGAGUAUUGUUUCAUAUUCAAAAGGCUCCUAUAUUGAUGCAUACAAGGAAUGUGUUCCAUUGAUAAAUUUUCAUGAGCCUGAUGCCACAGAAGCAGCUUUUGUGAUAAAAUGUACAGUUAUGUUAAAAAAAUGGCCCGUCACACAAAAGCUAGCAACAAGUUUCUUGACAAAAGCUAGAAAUUCCGAAUUUAUCAUAACUUUACAAAAGUAUUUGUUUUUAUCAUUAAAGGAACAGCAAAAGUGGCAAGAAGCUAUAGCUGUUGCCAAAAAAAUUCCUACAGAAUCCCUCAGUACCGAGGAACAGGCAGCUUUGGCGAGAUGUUACAUUGAGACAAAUGAGAACGCUGAACAUGUACUCAAGAAUUUGGAAUCAUCAGAUCAUCAUACUCAAUUGGAAGUAUUAGCCCUUGCUAAACAAAACAAACAUAAUGAGAUAUUGAAACUGUUAGAAAAUGCUCCUGAUGACAGUUUCAAUUUAUUUUAUAAAGGUAAAUCAUAUUGGGAGAUAAAUGAGUAUGAGAAAAGUAUAAUUUACUUGUUGAGAGCUGCAAAGCUUGAUGCAGAACAUGAUCAAACAUUUCAUUACUUGGGUAAAUAUUACCAUCAAAUUAAAAAUGACCUUGAGAAAUCUAAAAAAUGUUUAGAAAAAGCAUACAGCCUAAACAAUUCCAAUAGUGACAUUAUAAAAGAUCUGAGCAAUAUAUAUAAUAAACUUAACCAGAAGGAUGCAGAUUUUGAAUUGCUUAUAAACUCCUCACAAACAAUACAAGGAGAAACUUGGAACAGUUUUAGACUGGGUCUUCACUACUUAAAUAGAAGGGAAUGGGAGAAUGCCAUAGCUAAAUUUAGAGAUGUUAUUAAAAUUAAUCAGAGUCAUGUUCUUGCAUUUGAGUGCUUGGCAGAUGCCUAUUUCUCUCGAGGAUCCUUUACAUCAGCAUUGAAAGCUUAUAAUAAAGUUAUAUCAAUGGAUCCCUCUAAAAGUGUUCACUGCUUAACCAGAAUUGGUUUUAUACAUUCGCUACUGACACAAUAUGAAGAUGCUUUGUCAACUUUCACAAAGGUUUUUGAAAUAGAUUCAUCCUCAAUCUUGGCACUUAAAGGAAUUGCAGAGACAUGGAUGAGAAUAGCUAAAAAGAACUUGGAAGCAAAGUUAUAUGGGAAAGCUAGAGAUACAGCUCAGAAUGCUAUAACAUACAUCACAAAGGCUUUAUCAAUGGAAAAGAAGUUUAAAUGUUUCUGGAAUUUAUUAGCUGAAGCCUUCUUAUUUAUUGCAAAACUGCCUAAAGCAUACAGUUUUGUUCACACUAAACCGAUAGGAGGUGAUACUGAUGAAAUUGUCAGAAAGGACAAUAUAGAGAUAUUUCCUCAAGCUCUUGCAUGUUACUCUGUGAUUGCUAAGCGGAGGAACCAAUUGACUACAUAUGACUUGGCACAUGCUUACCUCUCAUACUACCAUGCCACAAAAGACAUAGCCAAUUGCCACAUAGCAUACAGAUUGAUUAUUGCAGAAAUAAAAGCUAAGCCGACUACAUGGCGAAAUUGGAAUUUACUUGGUAAAAUUUGUAUAUUCUUAAAAAAAUAUGAUAAGGCCCAGCACUGCUUUAUUAAAGCUCUGUUAACAACUCGCAAGUGGUCUGUAGCAAAAAUUUGGUGCAAUUUAGGAACAUUGUAUGUUUGUAUGCAACAGUAUAAAAUAGCCAACUAUUGCUUUUGGAGAGGGCAAUCUACUCUACCUUCAUAUCCACAGAGUUGGAUAGGGCAAGCACUAAUUGCUGAAGUAAUAAGAGAAGAGGAGGCUAUGGAUUUAUUGAGACACGCGUGUAGGUUGGGCUACCACCCUGAAAGUGCACUCGGUUACGCCGAUUGGGUGUGUCGAACUUUGAAAAAUAUUGACUACAAAAACAACCCCGAUACAAAAUAUAUAAUUGAUGGUCUCUAUGCUAUUCCUUAUUCUGUCGAUUUACUGUCUUGGUAUCUCAAAUUCGAGCCCGACAAUGCUUGCGCCAACAAUAUGUUGGGUAUCAUGCAGGAAAGAACUGGAUUACUUCGUAGUUCCUUAGAUUCAUACACCAAAGCCUUAGAAUUGGCGGAAAACACGGAACAGAAGAACAUAAUACUAUUGAAUGUUGGAAGAGUUUUGUUAAGACUUGAAAAUUACGAUGAAGCCAUAACAACCUAUAAGGCUAUUACAGAAGCCAGUUUAAAUUCAACAUGUGGUUUGGCACUCGCUCUCUUUAAAAAUGGUCUGUAUGAAGAGUCUUAUUCUGUUUAUGAUACAGCAUUACAUUGGUUAUGUAACGCUGAGGAAGAGAAAUCUGACCUUCUUGUUGCAAUGGCAGGAAUAGUUUAUAAAUUCAAGGGCAUGGAAGACGCGAAAACUCUUCUCUUCCACAGCAUUCAAGUAUCUCAGAAGAAUCCAACACCUUACUGUUUAUUCGCUAUCUGUUCCCUAGGAAUAAUGCAUUCAGAUACAAGUUUAUCGAGGCUGGCAUUAGGUGAGCUGGCUAAAUACGAAAAAGAAAAUAGUUUUGGUUAUGAUAUUGGUUUCUUGAAAUCAUUCCUAGUACUGGAAGAAGACCAGGAGCAGGCGAUCAAGAUCUUAAGCAAUUUCUUACUUGAACAUCCCGGUAACAGUUUGCUGUGGUUUUGUAUGGCUCAGUACUGUUUGAGAAUGUCAAACAAAGUCAAAACGGCGAGUUCCUGUGCGCAAAGAGCUUUAUGUUCUGCUAAUUAUGAAGACUGCACACUUUCUGCUAAAAUGCUCGCCACUGCAAGUGUAGCAGAGCAAAUGAGUGGAGAUAUCAACAGAGCCUCCCUAUUAGGAAGAAAAGGUGUCCAUAUGUAUCCUUUCCAUUCGGAAAUUUGGGCUGCACUAUUGUUCUCCAUUAUAACAGACAAAAAUUCACCAGACAAAAAGUUUUGGAUCUUGAGAACCACUACUCGUAUGAGAAAGCAUUUACAUGUGGCAAGAAGCCUCAGUCGCUGGAUUAACCUUAUAGAGAAGAAAUUAGUAAAGUUAGGCAGUUGAAAACAACACGAUUAGGCUUGAUUUGCAAUAAUUACAAUAUUUCAUAUUUGUCUUCAUGAUAAUGAGAUUUUAAUUUUUUGUUUUUAUUUAUAUUUUUAUAUCAAAUUGAGUUAGAGACUAUAAUGCAGGGCCUUCAUAAUAUUUGAUUGAUUUUUAUCUUAAGCCAUAAUAUCAUAUAACAGUAAUUUCAUACUUUUAU